AUGGCCGACGGCCAGGAAGAAGAUUUCUCUAAACUCCCCUUGCCCGAAAGAUUCCUCCAUAAGAACUGGAAAGUGAGGAAGGAGGGCUACGAAGCCGCCGCCAAAGAGUUUGAACUCACUCCCGACGAGUCACACCCCGCCUUCCGACCAUUUCUUCAGGAUCCUAAUCUUUGGAAAGGCGCUGCCGCCGAUUCCAAUGUUGCUGCGCAGCAGGAAGGCCUCGCUGCUCUGUGCGCCUUUCUAAAAUAUGGUGGUCAACAAGCCGCCACCAGAUCCCGUUCACAUACCCUCCAAGCCAUUUACGAGAAGGGGUUGGCUUCUACCAGACCCGCCGCCAAAGCAAGCGCUCUCGAAGCCCUGUUGCUCUAUGUUGAACUCGACAAGUCUGAUCCCGUCAUUGAAGACUUACUUCCUGCACUGUCAAACAAGCAGCCAAAGAUCAUUGCCGCCACACUCAAUGCCAUCACUGCCAUUUUCCAUAAUUUUGGAAUCAAACUCGUCGAACCCAAACCCGUUCUCAAAGCAUUACCCAAAGUCUUUGGCCACGCGGACAAGAAUGUCCGUGCCGAAGCCCAAAAUCUUACAGUGGAACUCUAUCGAUGGCUAAAGGAAGCAAUGAAGCCCGUCUUCUGGAAUGAAUUGAAGCCCGUUCAGCAGCAAGAUCUUGAAAAACUCUUCGAGAAGGUCAAGGAGGAGCCUUCGCCUAAACAGGAGCGUCUAACCCGUACACAACAAGCUGCUCUAGCAACCGCCCCGCCCCCUGCUGCUGCUGACGGUUAUAUUGAUGAAGUCGUCGCCCAUGAAGAAGAGGAGGAAGAGGUUCAGGUCAAUGCCUUUGAUCUAGCCGAACCAGUUGAUGUCAUUUCCAAGAUCCCCGCAGAUUUUUACGAGUUGGUCGCUUCUUCAAAAUGGAAAGAUCGAAAGGACGCCCUCGAUAACCUCUUCAACAUCUUAAACACUCCCAGGGUCAAGGAGGGUUCUUAUGAUGAAUUAGUACGAGCAUUUGCAAAAUGCAUGAAGGACGCAAAUAUUGCUGUUGUCACCGUAGCCGCAAAUUGUACCGAAAAGUUGGCCACCGGUUUGAGGAAACCCUUCACCAGGUACCGCUCAACCAUCCAAGGGCCCAUGAUGGAGCGGCUGAAGGAGAAGAAACAGUCGGUUGCCGACGCCCUUGGUGCUGCACUCGAUGCAGUCUUCUCUGCCACCUCUCUUACGGACUGUCUGGAAGAGACUCUUGGGUUUCUCUCCAACAAAAACCCUCAGGUCAAGCUUGAAUCAAUCAAAUUCCUAGUCAGAUGCCUCCGCACCACUCGUGACGUUCCUUCCAAACCAGAACAAAAAUCUAUCGCCGAUGCGGCAACCAAGCUCCUGACCGAAUCAACCGAACCCCUGAGGGCCGGAGGUGCGGAGAUUCUUGGGAUUCUGAUGAAAAUCAUCGGAGACCGUGCAAUGAAUCCCUAUCUUGAUGGCUUGGACGAUAUUCGAAAAGCAAAGAUAAAGGAAUUCUUUGACACUGCUGAGGUCAAGGCAAAGGAGAAACCCAAAGCGGCCCCACCACCUGCCAAAGCAGCUUCUGCCGUCGGCAAGAAGGUCCUCGGGGGCUCUAAGAAACCCGUAGCUAAAAAGGCACCUCAAGCACCUCCUCCACCUGUCGAACAUGCCACUCCUCUUCAACCCAAACCUACUGCAAAAACCCUUCCAAAGCGUCCGGGUUUGGCUCAGCCAUCUGCCCUGAAACUUGGUGGUUUGAAGAAACCUGCAGCAGGCGGCAUUCCUAGUGGCAUUGCGAGCCCGCAAAGAAGAGUCAUCUCCCCACCCAUGAGCAACGACGGCGACGAAGAGGCACCUGCACCUUCGCCGUCGAAAUUCGGUGUUGCGAGGGGUGGACUUGCCGGCCGUUCACUGGCGAGGCCAGCAGCUGCACCUCUGUCACCACCCUCUGCUCGUUCGAUGUCCAGCGGCCUGAGUGCAAUAGAGAGAGCGGAGCUGGAGGAGUUGCGGGCUGACAGGGACCGCCUUUCGGCACUGACAGAUAGCCUCAAGGGAAACAAUGCAAAACUGACCGCCGAGAUCUCAGAACUUCAAAAUCAGAACGCGCAGCUCAUAGAGGACCAUACGCGUGACGUGCUUCAAAUAAAAGCCAAGGAGACGCAAUUGGUUCGAGCUAGGGGUGAAUGUGACGUUCUCAAGGCUGAGAUAGAGACCGUCCGUAAGGAGGGGGAACGAUACAAGCGCGAAUUGUCGAGAUUGGGCCGAGAAAGCCUUGGAAGAGAAAGAGAGGACUUGAUGCGCGGUAGAGGCGCUGAUGAUGUUGUAAGUGAUAGUGGAGGCAUCUAUGAAGACCAAGCGAUGACUAGGUACCCGCCAAAUGGCAACAUACACUCUUCCCGACCACAAAGCACACUACAGAGGACUGGAAGCACUGCAAGUUCACAAAGCACCCGACCAGCGACUGCGAAGCAGCGGCCACAAAGUACCUACACGUCCAACCGCGUAGAUCUCAGCCCGAGCGAAGAGAAGGAAAACAAUGGCCUUGACAUGCUUGCUUCAAGGAGAAAGAUAAGCCCUCCCGUCAAUAGCAUGGCAAAUGGCAGUGGAAGAAGCAGCCCUCAAAGACCAAACCUCGGAAGUCGAGAGCAGAGUGAUACUGGGUCUAGAGAACCAAAGACGGAAGAGAAUUGGAAGAGAGCUGCUGAAGUGACCAGCCAGUUGAAGGCCAGAAUCGAGGCCAUGAAGGUACGUUGUGUUCAUGAUCCCUGUGAGGUCAACGAAGCUAACAAAUGCAAUCCAGGCUCGGCAAGGCUUAACUCGACCUUGAAGGAAACUCUUCGAUGGACGGCCUCAUUCUAA